AUGUCAGCCGCAUCCGUGAGGUCCGCCACCGGACUGUCCGCCAGGACGGCCGUCUCGGGUCCUCGUCUCAGGUCCCGCGUCGUCCAGACGCCGACGUCCCGAUCUCGUCGCGCGGUUAACCCAGUGGCGCUCUUCACGGGCCUCGUGCAGGGCACGGCGGAGGUUGUGUCGUUCGCGAACGUCGGCGACUUCGCUCGGCUGAAGCUGCGGUUCCCGCCCAACACCCUGGACGGCAUCCUCAUCGGCGCGAGCGUCGCGUGCAACGGCACGUGCCUCACCGUGGUCGAGACCGACGGCGACUGCGCGUGCUUCGACCUCAUCGUGGAGACCCUCAGAGCGACCAACCUCGGGGAGCUCGAACCCGGCAGCCUGGUGAACUACGAGAGGUCCGCGCGCGUCGGGGACGAGAUCGGGGGGCACAACGUGAGCGGACACGUCUCCACCAAGGCCACCAUCGUGGAGCAGGAGGACACGGACAACAACCGUAAGGUGGUGUUCGAGCUGGACCCCAAGUGGAGCAAGUACAUCCUGCCGAAAGGGUUCGUCGCGGUGGACGGGUGCUCGCUGACGGUCGGCGAGACGUCGCCGGGGCGAUUCAACGUGUGGCUCAUCCCCGAGACCAUCCGGCAGACGGUGUUCAAGAACAAAGGCGUGGGGAGCACGGUGAACAUCGAGAUCGAGUCCCAGACGCAGACCAUCGUCGACACCAUCGAGCGAGUCCUGGAGGAACGGGGGCUCGGGGCAAAGCCGAGGAGGGCGGACACGUCGGAGUCCUCGUCCAACGCCGCGAGCAAGAUCUACCAGAAGAAACCCGCUGCCGUUUCGGACGGGUACAAGGACCCGAUGGACGCGCUGUGCGAUGAGGAUCCCUCCGCGGACGAGUGCAAGGUGUUCGACUGA